CUCCUUCAACACGCUGUACCUGCAGCUACAGUGUCCCGCUGUACAGCCCCCUCUGGUGGUCACAUCCAACAACGGGCAUAAGAGCAUAGACUUCCAUCAGGUGGCAGUGGGAGAAAAAGUGAUCAAGAGGUUUACAGUCCAGAACAUUUCAAAGGAAUCUUUGGAUCUGAGGUCGUCAGUGCUGGAUGUCCACGGUCCUUUUUCCCUCCUGAAUGCUCUCAGAUGCAUCAGACCUGGGGAAACACACACUCUGGUGCUGGCCUUCAGUCCAUCUCUGGAGAAAAAGUUCAGUGAGACUCUGGAGGUGCGUUGCCAGAAGAUGACCCUUGAGAUGACUCUUCGUGGGGAGGGGGUGCUCCCCGCUGUCACCUGCUCUCACCCUGGAGGUCUCCUGGACCUUGGCUAUGUGCUGGAGAAGGAGAGCACCUCGCACGUCCUGAAGAUGCAGAACAGCUCGGCGGUGGCAGUGGGCUUCAGGGUGCAGCUGGCCAGCCUCUGCCCCUCCAGGCCUCCGGGGGGAGCUGAUGGUGUAGCCUCACUGCUGGGGGGUUACUCAGGCUCUCAGCUCCAGCCUACUGUGGGAACUCAGAACCUCAGCGGGCUGAGUGUGUUCAGCGUUCUGCCAACAGAGGGCAGCAUCGCUCCAGGACAGAGUCAGGACCUCACGGUCAGCUUCCAGCCGGACCACCCGUCUGUCUACUACUCUGACAGGAUGACCGUAGAGCUCAGGAAUAAGAGUGUAGUGUGUGUGUUGGAUCUGAGGGGGGCAGCCUCUUCACACAACAUGUAUCUGUGUGGAGGAGACCCUCUGACGGUGCCCAUCGAAUCCCUCCUCCCUCCACUGAUCACGGCUCAACCUCAAAUCACAGAGUCAGAGGUGAUGGAAAAGCCCACCAUCCCUGUGUUGGUGAACCUGAGGGCCGGCUACAGCGGGGGGGCUAUCACCCCCGCAGUGAGGGAGCUGCAGGUGGGCUCCAUCCGCUCCACCCAGCCCAGCAAGAAGAGUGGUGAGUUUCACUGGGAGAACGUGGCGUCUCUGCAGCAGCAAGGCUUCACUGUGGAGCCCAGCAAAGGCACCGUGGAGACGGGCCACAAACGCACCGUCACCAUCACAUGGAGUCCCCACAGUGGAUACAAGCCCUACGAGGUGGUGCAGACAUGUGUGCCUCUUACCUUGAAGGGGGACGAGACCAAUGUUUACAGAGUCACCCUGAUGGCCACGCUCUCCUCCGCUGCUGACUGACCUCUAAAGUACCUGGAGGCUGGCCAGAGUUAAAUCUACACAUACACACUGACACAACACACACACAUUUGAUAUACCGUACAUUUAUGUUGCCAACAUUAAGAAAUGAGUAGAUUAUUUAUUAAGAAAUAUUAAACUAAGUUUUGUUCACAAA